AUGAAGAUUGAAAGACCAACGCAAAGACGAUUCUCACAGCCUCCUGAGCAAAUCUCAAAUAUCAUAGAAAGACUAAUAGAUAUAUCAGAAGAAGAGAUUUCUGGAUAUUUAAGGAAUAUUUCUGAAUGGAAAUACACUAAGAGUGACCUUAUAUACUGGAUGGACGUACUAGACAGAUUUGAUGGUAUUUUAUCCAGUAUUGUAGCAGAAUAUAAUCUAAAUCAGUACCAAAAUAAACCAAUGCAUGAAUCUCACAUAGAAAUAGUCCAUGCAAUCGUACGGUUCCAGAAAUUGUUAGUUGAAAAUAGUUCAAAUAAGAGUAUUUUCAGUUCAUUUGACGUAAUAGAACCAUUUAUCUAUUCAUUUGAGUUAUCUCUGGCCAUAGAAGCACUCUAUUUGGUCUCUUUCUUUGCGUCAAAGGUGCACAUUCAGAGAUCAAUAAAGACAAGCAUGCUAUUGAUGAAGAUGGACUCACUAAAGGUACUCAUAGACAGAGUAAAGGAUAAGCCACAGAGUAUAUACACGUAUUAUGAUGAGACCACAAAUACGUGCAAGAGAGUGAAUAUUAAAAAGACGUUAAAAAAGGGAAUUUAUACAGCACUUGAUAAGAUAGUCCCAAAGCAUGAACUAAAAAGGUUCAUACAUGCGAUCAGACUGCAUGAACAGACUGAACAAAUGGAUAAACUAAAGAUCAUAAGGAUGCUUGCAUUUAGUGCACUAGUGUAUUACAGUUACACAGACCUCCCUAUAGACUCAGAGUUCAUCAGCAGAGACCUUCCUGAGACACUAGCAAUCAUAAACUCAGAAGGAUACCACAUGAGAGAGGCAGCUGUCACAAUGAUAGAUGCGAUAUUCAGGAUGCGAAUAAGACACUCUUCCGUUAUAGCUGCCAUGAAUGCACAGUCACAUGAAGGCAUGAUUAUGACACUUUUAAAGAAGGUCGUAAAUGAAGACGUACCAGAACACUUUGCCAUUGCAUUCUUCAACUUCCUGAGUUCUUGCUUUGCAUCUGCGCCUUGUGUCUCUGCCUUGUUCUCUGCAGGAAUUGUGCAGUACGUCUGCAAUACACUCAGAAGUAGACCAGAUAUUUCGUACAGAAAGAGAAUGCGUCUGGUAAUGGGUGCUAACACAUUCCUGUUCACUCUUCCUGUCCCAUUCACAUGGUUUAUAUCUGAGAAUGGAAUAAGAAUUCUCUCUAAGGAAUUAUUGCAGGCAGUGGAAAGUGCUUUGGGACAAGUCAAGGACCAUGACCUACUGAUGUACAUUAAUUCGAUCAUGAAAAUAAUCUCGCAGUUAUUCAAGAAUGCAGGGACAAGUGAGGCCAUGCGAGGAUUCUUAGAGGGUGAAUUCCCCAGGGCAAUUAACCUAGUGCUAUUUCACUCAGAGGAAUUUACGCCUUCUAUUCUAGCAUACUUAUUCUCUGCUGUCUCAGACUACAUACAUAAUGAACCAUCUAAUCUGCCAUUUAUAAUUGAAGCAGGCAUAUUUGAUGGAUUUGUAGUGUGCAUGCAGAAGGACGUGCCUGUCUCAGCUGACUUGCUCAUGGAACUCCCAAAUCUCAUCGAAGCAUUCUUCUUGAACUCGGACUUAAUACAGAAGAUACAGGCAGAGAAUAUCCUGGAUAAAAUAUUCACGUGCUUUGAGGUCCCUGGGAUGUGCAACGUAAUUAUGUCUUAUGAUAUUGCUAGGACGUACGGAAUAUUCCUGGAGAACUUAGUGCGUCAUUAUCCUGUGAUUUCUUCAACUGUGAAAGAGAAGAUAUACAAUACAAUGAAGACCCUGGAGGGACAGAUAUCCCAGACAGAGCCAGACCUGAUGCUUCUCCUGCUGGAGAAUCUAUUCCGUAUGGUGCACAGGGCAGUCUACAGGAAAACAACAAAUAACCAGCUUAUAACGGACAAAGGCCUCCUUAAUAAUAGAAUCAUAAGCAUGCUCAUGCUCAUAGAAAUACCCGUUGAAACAGACUUGUACACUGACGUAAUGAGUAUACUCAUGGAAGUAUUUGAGGAAGACCAAGCGUACGUCAUUUCUUACAUUGCAAAGGUCAUAGACAGAACCAUGAAGAAUAAGACUACACCAGAGAAUGUGGAGAAGGUUAAAAGGAUCCUUCUGAUUGCAAACUACCUUGUCUUUAAGACAGAUGAGACAAGCAAGGAGUUCGUGAAGCACUGUACAUCAAAGGGUUUCCUGCAGAUAAUCAAGAAGAUUAGUCAGUACUUUGACAGAGUUAGAAGGGAAAGUACUCUAGGCAUAUCUGUGUCUACGUGUGAAUCUCUGACUAAUUUGUACUACUCCUUCACUCUGGGCAUACUCAGGAACAUAUACACGACAAAGGACUCUGCUAAACACUAUCUGAAAAUGUUUAGUAUCCUGAUGGAAGACCUUUUAGAGAAAGCACAGGAAGUAGACCAAAUAUACUAUACACAGCAUAUGCACGGUCUGAAGAACUAUUUGCUCCUGGAUAAAGACACUAAGACAUAUCCCCAUAUGAACUAUUUCAUUGUCACGCAUGACUACUUGAUUGGAUUGAAUUUAAGCGGAAUAUUAAUGCAGCACGGGAAAACUGCCAUAUUACAACUGAAGAAUGAAGAGAUACAGAUGGGUGCACUGAAGAAGGUGGUUAUUUCCAUUUUGGAAGUACUCUCCAUAUAUACACGCGGAAUAAAGAACCUUUUCAUUCCUGUGAAGGAGUCAAAGAAGAAGGUCUCUGAGAUUGAGGAGCACGUGCUCAUAAUAAUUGAGCUUCUGAUGGAGUACAUUGACAAAGGCAGCAUAGACCACUUACUAAGCAUUAUUAAGACAGCCUUUUAUAUUACACUCAAGAAGCAAGUGACAAAAGAAUUGGAGAGAGAGCAUGAAGGAAGCCCAGAGCACAAGAGAAGAUCUAUCCUUGGGUCAUUCUUUAUCUCUGUAUUUUUAGGUCUCCCAAAGGAAGAGACUGAAAGUGUCUUGAACUCAGACAUAUUCACGAUCCUGGUGAAGAAUAAAAAGACCUUUAAGCAAGUCUACAACAGAGGAUGCUUCGAUCUUCUGAGGUAUGCAGCCAUAAAGGAGAGCAGGGUAUUUGCGCACUUAGUGGGUUCCAUCCCGAAAAUGACUGAAAUAAUCGGGUCAUCCAAAGACCCUGCACUCCUUAGGUUAUACGCCAUGGGACUUGUCUUUGUGGCUAUGCGGGAUACAUUAAAGAAGACAUCCGUCCUCUCUAAGUUCACAGGAAGAAUUUCCUUUGAAGAGACAGAAGACCCAGAAUUAAUCGAGGCCCAGGGCGUUGUCAUUCUGGCUGUCACAAAGAUAAGGAUAGAGUACAAUCUAAAUAUACAGAUGGAUGACCCUCUUGUUUAUCUUAAUAGAAUGUACAGUGCAGUAGAAAGGACAGAAACAAAAGAUGGAAUUAUCAUGCUCAUAAACCUGCUCAUCAGAAGGAUCAUAGAAAGUAAAGAAGCCGUGAAGGAAACAGUAGAUACAAUCAUAAAAAGCAAACACUUAGGGAAGUACAGGAUGUACACCACGCAUACAACCUGUAGUAACCUAAGAAGCACAAUAUUCUACUCAGUUUCUUCAUUUUUAUCCUACAUAUUGGAGAACUUUGAGUGCAUCAGUGCAGGCUGGGAGGAUAUCAGGCAUAAAAUACCAGAAGAAACAAAGCCAGCCCCAAGCCCAGGCCAAAUAUCAGAGGCUGCCCUGGAGACACUCUCUGAUGGACUGUUCACAAAGAAGACAAAAAUAUAUUCGGACUUAAAUACAGAUAUAUUCAGGACACUUUUCAUGCACAGGGCACCCGGGAAGAUAGAACAGAUCAUUAGAAUACACUCUUUGUGCCUGCUGGUUACUACAUUCCCGCAGUUACUUACGACACUCCUGCCAGGUGACUACGAAUACUUCUUGUACUUCAUACAGAAUCACGCAGUGUAUGCUAAGUCACUCAAGCAGAGUGCAGUGCCCCAGGAGGACAAAACCCUGGCGUACUGGUCAGGCUACAUUAUCAUGCUUAUUUUCAACCACUCCACGUGCCUUGAUAUUAAGAGGUAUAUCAUGCAGAAUAUCCUGCUGGCACUUCCUGCCUCUGUGAAUUCUACCGUUAUAUUCUCGGAAUUAAUCCAGGAGACACUUACCAUGAGGUUUAGCAAGAAUGCUUUCGAUGAGAAUAUAUCACUCGUCAAGGAGAUGAAGUGUCUGGAGACUAUGAUACGCGGUGCAAUGGAAAUAGACAGCAGAAGGAAGGACUACGGGAAUAUCAUGGAAAUACUCACAAAACCACUGGAGUACAUCACAAGAAUACUUGCAGUAGAUGAGAAAGAAGCAUUCUAUGAAGAAGUCACGCAGUCAGAAGAAGAAGUGUACUUUGAGGAUAUAGAUGAAGGAUUCAUGGAGGACUUUGAUACCGAUGAGACCAUGGACAGUGACCAAGUCGUGUACGAAGACACAGAAGAACACUCGCAUGAGGCAGGUGAGAUGUGCAGUGAAGAUGACUCCCUUACAGUCUACACCUCAGAGUCAAAUAAUUACGAGAACUACAUCUCAGACGAGACAAGUGAGGCAGAGACAGAGAAGGAGCACUCUUCAGCAGAACAAUCUGAGAAGACAGAAUUCCUUAAGACACUCUGCAUGCCUUCUGUGUCAAAGCUGCUUGCUGAAGAGAUGGAAAUAUUCUUGGGUGGAGAGAAGAUGUCUUUCCUUCAGAAGAUACUUGAAGGCAUGAUUAUCUCUGCCCUACAAGAGAAAGAGCCUUCUUCCACGGAGGAGGGCCCUGGAGCUAGUGAAAACCUGCAGGGUGGACAUAUCUUAGGGACAGAGGCAACAGAGAUAUCAAUUGAGUACAGCUAUGACCCGAAUGACCAUGAUUACUCAUCGGACGAGAAUGACUACGAAUACGACGAUGACUCGCACUAUGAGUACGAUGAAAAUGGGUCUGCAGAGGAUGAAUAUGAUGACGAAGAGAGUUUUGCCACUGGAGAAGAAAUAGUCAUAGGGGAUGAAAAUGGAGAAAUACCAGAGCUGGAUGAAGAAGUCUUGAAUAAUCUGCCUGCUUCCAUCUUGGAGGAUACGGUUGCGCAGUUCUACCAAGACAGAAUAUCAUCCAGCACGGAGUAUCGGCCUAUUAGCCUGCACUUCCUGAACCGUCUCCGGGAAGAAGUCAGAAGCGUAUUUGAAGAACAUGAAACACGGUAUAUGGAGACAUUUGCUGGGGAAAUAGUUCCCAGGAGAGAAGAAAAAAAGAAGAAACCGCAAGAAAUACCUUUUAUUGCAGAAAGAGAAGCAGAAGCAUCUGUGCCCAUGGAAAUCGUACUGGAAUUCAUCCAUACGAUCAUUCAGUGCGGAAACAGAAGGAAUCUUUACAGGAUUAUCAAUAAUAUAUCUGCAAACAAAGAGAUAAGAAUAUUUGCUGUAGAGACACUUGCCAAGAUAAUUCACCAAAUGGCCCUGGAGUCAACAGGAAAUUCAAAUGGUGGGAAUUCUUUUGUAAGUGCAAGUAUCUCUUCACCUGCACACACAGAAGCAGUCUCGCCUGAAGUGAUUGUAAAGAGGGGUUUUGAAGCACUGACGUAUCUGUGCACUAAAUCUUCUGAUUUUACAACGGCAUUUAGCUAUGACACAUCACUGAUCAAUAAGAUCCUGCAUGCAACGAAUAAAAGAACCAUUGCAGAAAGUGUUAAGCUACUGAGUACAGUGGGUGACUGCUUCAAUAGUGACAGAGUCCUAGCAGCAGAUGGGAUUGAAGCAGAAAGGUACAUUGGCUUCUUAGAGUACGAUAUGACAGACGACAGUUUCAGGUACUUCUGCGAAUUUGUCCGGAAAACAGACAGAUUCUACAGGGCAGAGUACCUGGUGUACUUGAUGGCUGGCAGUAAAAAGAGCCUGGAGGAGUGCAUGCACAGGAAGGAGGAAUUUAACAGUCAUGUGCACCAUAAGAGUAUUAUUAAGCUUGUGAGAAUGGUUACUUUGAUAAAUAUUGUGGGAAUAACGGAUGAGUAUCUUAAGGAAUUGUACGCCCUCAGGGAAAUGCCCUUCUGGGAGUAUUAUUUCAAUAGAAUUCUUCCCAAGGAGAAAGACUCUUUGUACGCAUCUUCAAUACUUCCACUCUUCAAGGCAUUUAUCAUUGUGCACUCCAUACAGAUAUACGUUGGAAGAAAGGCACAUUCAAAUGAAUUUGCAGAAAUACAGAAUGAAUCUGCCGUAUACCAUGGGGUAAUUGAAAGGGAGAAGGAUCUUAUUAAUACAUUCAUACAGGCAGACCCAGACCUACUCUUCCACUCAUUUGCAGGUCUCCAGAAGAAGAUUCUUGACUUUGACAAUAAAAGGAUCUACUUCUACAAGAAGAUCCGGGGAGACAUUCAGAUGCGCACGACUGUCCCACUCAUGGUCCAAAGGGGUGCUGUAUUCGAGGAUACUUUCCAUCAAUUGAUGCGCCUCACAGGUGAGCAAGUCAGAAAUGCCAAAUUCAACAUAAAAUUCGUAGGAGAAGAAGGUGUUGAUGCAGGCGGCCUCACGAGGGAGUGGUACUCUGAGCUGAGCAAGGAAAUGUUCAAUCCAAACUAUGCCCUUUUCACGCCCAUUGGGUCUUCGUACCAGCCGAACCACAUCAGCCACAUAAACCCAGAGCACCUGGUGUACUUCAAGUUCAUUGGGAGAAUCAUUGGGAAAGCGGUUUACGACGAAAUGACAGUUGACUGCCACUUCACCAGAGCAUUCUACAAGAGAGUUCUGAGAAUACCCGUGGAUCUGAGUGAUGUAGAGGCCCUAGACCCGGAGUUCCACCGGUCUCUGGUUUGGAUCCUGGAGAACGACAUUGAAAAUGUCUUGGAGAUGACUUUCUCCAUGGAGCAGGACAGAUUUGGCAUCACAGAAGUGAUUGACUUGAAGGAAAAUGGAAGGAAUAUUCCUUUGACUAAUGCGAAUAAGAGGGAGUACGUUGAGCUUGUAUGCGGGUUUAAACUGGUUCGUGUCAUAGAGAGACAGCUCUCUGCAUUUGCUGAAGGGUUCUUUGAAAUUCUUGAUAUAAACCUGCUGAAGAUGUUUAAUGAAAAGGAGGUUGAGCUGCUGAUCAGUGGUCUCCCAGAGAUUGACGUGGAUGACUGGCGCAAUAACACAGUAUACUUCGGGUACACCUCAGAGUCACAAGUGAUCCGGUGGUACUGGAGGGCAGUCCGUAAUUUCAGCAUGGAAGAGCGUGCAAAGCUUCUGCAGUUUGCCACAGGAACAUCAAAGCUGCCUCUUGAAGGGUUUGCAGGACUAAGGUGCCCAAACGGAAACCAAAAGUUCCAAAUCCAUAAGGCAUCUGGCGGUUCCACUAGGCUCCCAACGGCACACACUUGCUUCAACCAAUUAGACAUCCCGGAAUAUGAUUCGUACGAACAGCUUGUCAAAUCCCUUCUGUUCUCCCUUGAGGAAUGUUCAAGUGGAUUUGGCUUUGCAUAA